AUGAAUUGGAGACUGAAUGCAGAAUUGGAAGCAAAAACAGAAAAGGUGGUACGUCAAGCUGAAGAAAUAAUGAAAAGCCAACAAGAGAUACUAUCCAGGCCAGUUUCAGUACAAACAGACAAGUCAUGCGAAGCUGGCAAACAGAGAGAUUCAUUCUACCCUGAAGCCACCUCUUUCACACGCUCACAUGUCAAGCCAUCAAACAAGAAGUGUAAUUCCGUGGCUCAAAACAGACCGUACUCUGGCAGUCAAGGAAAAAGGCCAUCUUCGAGUUCAAAAAUAAGAAAUACAGAAAUACAAAAUGCCAGUGAUGUUGCAGCACUAGAGGAUUGCACAGAUUAUUCUCUAGCAAAAACAAUAAGCAAAAUUGAAGAAGAGCUAGAGAAAAGGGACUUGCCAGAUUGUCUGGAUGAUGACAUUCCAAGUGAUGGAAAUGAAAUUGGAGCAGAAACUCAAAUCAGAUUUCUUAAAGCAAAGUUACGUGUUAUGCAGGAAGAGCUGGAUAAUGUAGUAUGUGAAUGCAGGAAAAAGGAAGAUGAAAAUGAGAAUUUAAAAUCUCAGCUUAAAGAUACUAUGGAAGAGAACGCUAGACUGCAACGAACAAUCAGUCUGCAGCAGUCUCAGACUGAGAAGUACAAAGUGGUGUCACAAGAAGCAAACAAAAAAAGUGAAGGAUUACAACAAGAGGUCGUAGCACUAGAAAAGGAAUUAGAGAAGCUAAAGCGUGCACAAAAGCAGGCCUCAACCAGUCAGAGUGCCACAGAAGUUCGCUUAAAUAGGGCUGUGGAAGAAGUAGAGAGGUAUAAAGCAGAGCUGAAUAAACUGAAGCAAAGUCACAAGGAUGCAGCUAACCAAGAACUCAAAACAAUUGAAGAAUUAAAAACAGAAAACAAGAAACUGCAGAAGCAAAAAGGAGAGCUAAUGACAGGUUUUAAGAAGCAGUUGAAGUUGAUAGAUGUUUUAAAGAGACAAAAGAUGCAUAUUGAAGCCGCUAAGAUGCUUUCCUUUACGGAAGAGGAAUUCAUGAAAGCGCUGGACUGGGGAAAUUCUUGAUUCAAUGAAAAAGCAGCUUCUGCUUGAAA